AUGGCCAAUGAACCGGUGCAAGAUGUCACUGAGAAUCAGUUUCAGCAAUUGAUCAGUCUUUCUGGAAAUGAUCCGAAACAAUUGCAAAUUGCCUAUGAGACCCAUAGAAGCAACAGAAAUGCUCUUUUCAGAGAUCAAAUCUGUCAACCUGGAUUUUCUGAAUGGAAAGAAGAUGGGAUCCUAUCCAAAGUCCUCGAGGCAGAUAAGGGGUUGACAGACUUCGUGGACCCGAGACACAACCUUGCCUUUUGGGCGCGCCCGCCGCAGCAUAUCCGCGACUUGGUGUACAAGAUCCAGCAGGAGCUUGGUCCCUUGAUUGGACCUGGUCUCUGGCUCGUACCUCCAGAUAAUCUGCACAUGACCACGCUCGAGAUCAGGUCUUCAUUGACAGGGCCUGGAAUCGACGAGAUUGCCUCUUCUCUUGAGAUGAGCGGGGUUUUAACAGAGCUGGCAAACUACACUCUCACCCACCGUGCCCGGCUGGUCAAGCCAGUAAUCAGCUACGACACUUCUGCUAUUGCUCUGAGCUUUGUUCCCGCAGCUGGCGAGGAAGAUAGCAGUAUGUAUAGUGGAAAAGAUGAUCAGUUUACGUAUCAUCAUCUGCGGAGGGAUCUCUACAACAUCGUGACUCAAUCCGGCUGUCCAAUCGCGGCUCGGUACACCGUCCCGUCUGCGCAUAUCACCAUUGCGCGCUUCGUUGCGGCUAGUGACACCCAAGAAGGGGACUACUCAGAUUCUCCAGAGAAAUUUGAGAAGAAAGCAUCACAACUUAUUCAUAAGAUUGAGGAUCUCAACCACGAACUCCGCUCAAAUGUGUGGAGGAGAUUGGGGGACCCAUCUGAAGGGCAAUGGGUGAUAGGUCACGAAAAGGGGUUGGAGUUGAUGAAGGGUCGAACGUGCGCCAACCCGAUAGGGCCUAAGCGAGUGAAAUCCCACAACCCAACAAUCGCACUUGCUCUCCUCCGACAAGCGACAAUCCAACGACCACCACCCAGCUAUCCGGCCAAGUCAGUCAAAAUGGUCAACAUUCCCAAAACCCGCCGGACGUACUGCAAGUCCAAGGAGUGCCACAAGCACCAACAGCACAAGGUCACCCAGUACAAGGCUGGCAAGGCCUCCCUCUUCGCCCAGGGUAAGCGCCGUUACGACCGGAAGCAGAGUGGUUACGGUGGUCAGACCAAGCCCGUCUUCCACAAGAAGGCCAAGACCACCAAGAAGGUCGUCCUGCGUCUCGAGUGCACUGCUUGCAAGGCCAAGAAGCAGCUCGCCCUGAAGCGCUGCAAGCACUUCGAGCUGGGUGGUGACAAGAAGACCAAGGGUGCUGCCCUCGUUUUCUAG